AUGCAAAAUCUGAAAUUGCUCAAAAAUCCGCAGCCUGAAGAGCAUAUUGACGUCGGCGGAAAAAUGAUUGAGGAACUUGUCUUAUAUGCGUCACGUGGCAGUUGGAGUCGGCUGAAAAUUUUGGCUGAAAAUGACAAUUUUGAGAAAGUUUUGAAAUUCUCGCCAGCAAAAUUGGAGAAAAUCAAAAAGUCGGAGAAAUUUUCGCGGAAAAUUUUGGAGCAAGUGAUUUUUGAGAAUAAGAAUGAUGUUUAUGAAGUGGCUUUGAAAUUUGAGAGAUUUGCGAUGGUUUUGACGCAAGAUGCGUUGAGUGAGAGAAGCGAAAGAAAGAGUUUGGUGAGUAAUUUUUUCCGCGCGGAAAAUUUGGAGUUCAAUAGAGCGAAGCAAAAAUUCCUAGCAAAAAUUUGAGAAUUACUGUUUGUUCAGUAGAGCGCACUUUUCUACUUGAACAUUUCAAAUUUUUACAACAAGAAACAUUAUUAUGCAUACUGUAUAUUAGCAACAUAGGUACUCUAGUUUAGCAACCCGACUACUGUAGUUUAGCAACCCAGGUCAUUAUGAAAGAACAACAAACUCAUUUUCUGUUCAUUUCUAGGUGCUCUUGUUUCUUUAAUAUUUUUCAAAUCCAAUUUUUUGGGCUUGACCUAAAAAAAAUAAAAAUCGUGACAUUUAAUAAUUUGUUGGCACGUUCACGUGAAAAAUCCAACAAAAAUGAACCAUUUCAAAUUUUAUCAUUCAAAAAAAUUGUUGGUUUCGAGUGAUGUGAGUUUAAAUAAUUUUUGGGCUAUGACGUGGAAAAUGUGGAUUUUUAUCUGAAAAUCCUGGAAUUCUCUGAUUUUCCCCGAAAUUUGAGAUUUUAGUUGAAAAUCUUAGAAAUUUCAUCAUAUUUUGAGAUUUUUCAAGCUGAAUUUUCCAAUUUUCAUCAAGGUUUUCAAAUUUGGAGCCAAAAAAUCCACAUGCCAUCAAAAUAUCAAAUUUAGUUUUCUCUGGUGUCAAAAUUUUGUUUUUCCACGUCACAACUCGAUUUUUCAAAAAUUCGGACAACCCAGGCUUUUUAAUGCAAAAAAUAGGCUUAUUAUCUAUCAAAAUAGCCCAAAUGUUUGUCACGUGGCAAAUAAAAAUUAUAUUUUUCCAGAGCGCCUUUCAAACACGGAAUAUCCAUUGGAAAUUGCAGCUCCACCUCCGAAAAUUCCCAAUUGUUGCUCGAAGAAAGUUUGCCAUCGCAAUUAAUAGUGAGUGGGUGGGAGAUUUUGGAGCAAAAAAUAAAUUUUUAAAAAAUUGAGUUCACAAAUUCUGGUGCCAAGCACAAAAUUUUUACAGUUUCAAAUUAGGGCGGGAAAAAUCUUGGAUUAAAAUUUGAAACUGAUUUUAAGGUUAUUCUGAAAAUGAUCUGAAACAUGAAAAAAAUUAAGGGAAAUCUAAAUCGUUCGACCAAAAAUAUGAAAAUUUGGCUGAAAAGCACUAAAAAUCGUAAAAAGUUAGCUUAAAGAAAUUGUGUUUUUCUGAUAAAAAUGUGUCAAUCCUGUUUUUUUUUGCAGAAUCGAAUCAAACAUUUGGAGGAAGAAUUGAUGGAGGCGCACCGAAAAAUUGAAAUUCUUGAAUAUUGCUUAGAAGAAAAAACGGCGGAAGCAAUUCAAAACAAGGAUAUCGCUUACGGAUUCAAAUUUGAGUAUGAAUUUAUGGUGGAGCAGAAUCGAAUUAAAGAAGAAAUCAUCGAGGAAAUGGAAAGGCAAAAUGAAAAGUUCGUUUUUCUGGGAAUUUUGGAGGGAGAGUAGGGGGUAAAUAACAAAUUUUUUGUUGUCGAAAAUUUCGGAAUUCUGAACACCGUAUCUUCAGAAUUGGAUAGAAUAUUUUUAUUUGGAAUCUGUAAUCUAGAUGAAAACUUCUACCUUUUUAAUAAAAUCCCGGUUGGGUGGUGUCUCGAUGGAAGCAGCAUUUUUCAAUGGGGUCCCCCUGUUCUCAUUUUUUGGAUGUCUAAAUUUUGGACAUUUUCCCAUUUUUGCCCCUUUUUUUCCGAAAUCAUACCUUCGCGAACGUCCAAAAGGAUCCGAUCCUGGACCUUCUGAACAAAACACACGUGAUCUAACCACUUGACCAUUUCUGACACAAGAAAUUACCAUCAAUUUGCUUAGAAAUGCUCGAUAAAAAAUUUUUACGUGAGAAAAAGAAUCUACCUUUUUUCAGAAAGAAAUUCAUUAUCAGAAAAAAGAACAUUUAGUGAGUAUUUAUUGAGUACUGUCUAAAGAAAAUUCUUUUUUUAAAAAUCAAAUCUGCCUGGGGACUAACAGCCCCUAUCGAGUAUACAUUGAAUACAGAAAAAAGAUUUUCCAUGGCAAAAUUAGGAAGCUACCUCUUACGUUUCACCUCUUACCUCUUACGAAUACAUUUAAUUCAAAAAAAUAAUUAAAAAAGUAUUUUUUCGGAAAAUUUAUCGAUGACUUCAUCCAUGGCAAAAUUAGGAAGCCUUCCAGAUUUUGCCACGAGUCAUUUUUUGAUAAAAAAAACUGAAAUUUUCUAUAAAUUUGAUUGUAAUUCGUUUGUUUAACAUCUUACGAGUACAUUAAAUUCAAAAAAAUAAUUAAAUAAGUUUUUUUUUCGAAAGUUUUUUCAAAAAAAAAUCGGCCCGAGUUUUUCAAAAAAAAAAAUCGGCCCGAGAUUUUUCAAGAAAAAAGUUACAGAUUUGGAAUAAUCCAAAAAUGUAAAAAAUCGGCCCGAGUUUUUCAAAAAAAAAAUUACAGAUUUGGAAUAAUCCAAAAAUGUAAAAAAAAAAAUCGGCCGAGUUUUUUCAAGAAAAAAGUUACAGAUUUGGAAUAAUCCAAAAAUGUAAAAAAAUCGGCCGAGUUUUUUCAAGAAAAAAGUUACAGAUUUGGAAUAAUCCAAAAAUGUAAAAAAAAAUCGGCCCGAGAUUUUUCAAAAAAAAGUUACAGAUUUGGAAUAAUCCAAAAAUGUAAAAAAAAAAUCGGCCCGAGAUUUUUCAAAAAAAAAAGUUACAGAUUUGGAAUAAUCCAAAAAAUGUAAAAAAAAAUCGGCCCGAGUUUUUCAAAAAAAAGUUACAGAUUUGGAAUAAUCCAAAAAUGUAAAAAAAAUCGGCCCGAGUUUUUCAAAAAAAAAAAUUACAGAUUUGGAAUAAUCCAAAAAAUGUAAAAAAAAAAUCGGCCGAGUUUUUUCAAGAAAAAAGUUACAGAUUUGGAAUAAUCCAAAAAUGUAAAAAAAAAUCGGCCGAGUUUUUUCAAGAAAAAAGUUACAGAUUUGGAAUAAUCCAAAAAUGUAAAAAAAAUCGGCCCGAGAUUUUUCAAAAAAAAAGUUACAGAUUUGGAAUAAUCCAAAAAUGUAAAAAAAAAAUCGGCCCGAGAUUUUUCAAAAAAAAGUUACAGAUUUGGAAUAAUCCAAAAAUGUAAAAAAAAAAAUCGGCCCGAGAUUUUUCAAAAAAAAAAGUUACAGAUUUGGAAUAAUCCAAAAAAUGUAAAAAAAAAAAUCGGCCCGAGAUUUUUCAAAAAAAAGUUACAGAUUUGGAAUAAUCCAAAAAUGUAAAAAAAAAUCGGCCCGAGAUUUUUCAAAAAAAAAAAGUUACAGAUUUGGAAUUAUCCAAAAAUGUAAAAAAAAAAUCGGCCGAGUUUUUUCAAGAAAAAAGUUACAGAUUUGGAAUAAUCCAAAAAUGUAAAAAAAAAUCGGCCCGAGAUUUUUCAAAAAAAAAAGUUACAGAUUUGGAAUAAUCCAAAAAUGUAAAAAAAAAUCGGCCCGAGAUUUUUCAAAAAAAAAAAAGUUACAGAUUUGGAAUUAUCCAAAAAUGUAAAAAAAAAUCGGCCGAGUUUUUUCAAGAAAAAAGUUACAGAACGAAAAAAAGAUUGUAGAAGUUUUUUUUCGGAAAAUUUAUCGAUGACGUCAUCCAUGGCAAAAUUAGGAAGCCUUCCAGAUUUUGCCAUGAGUUAUUUUUUGAUAAAAAAACUUGAAAUUUUCUAUAAAUUUGAUUGUAAUUCGUUGGAAUAAUCCAAAAAUCUUACGAGUACAUUAAAUUCAAAAAAAAUAAUUUUUUGAUUUUCAUCCUGAAUUCAAGAAAAAUCGGCCCGAGUUUUUUCAAAAAAGAAGUUACAGAUUUGGAAUAAUCCAAAAAUGUAAAAAAAAAUCGGCCCGAGUUUUUUCAAGAAAAAUCGGCCCGAGUUUUUUCAAGAAAAAAGUUACAGAACGAAAAAAAAGAUUGAAGAAGUUUUUUUUCGGAAAAUUUAUCGAUGACGUCACCCAUGGCAAAAUUAGGAAGCCUUCCUGAUUUUGCCACGAGUCAUUUUUUGAUAAAAAAAUUUGAAAUUUUCUAUAAAUUUGAUUGUGAGUCAAUGUUCUGUGGACAAUAAUCACAGAAAAAAGUGAAACGGAAAUAAAUGAGAAGACUGUUACGCCUGGGGGCUAACAGCCCCUAUCUUUCGAUUAAAAAUCCCAAAUACAAAAUCACUUCAAAUAUACAAUUUUUGAAAGAAAGUCAUUUUUCAUACAUAUAUUUAUUCAAAUAAAUCAAUCUCAUUUACUUUUUCAGUGUUAAUGAAGAAAGUGGUGAAGAGAGAGGGCCAACGUUUGUUGCCGAUGAAACAUCGGAAGAAAAAGAAGAAGAAGAACCAGCACUUCAACAACCACCACCACCACGACAAUCGGUAUGGGUUUUUUUGGGGAGGGGUGGGGGAGGGAUUUUAGAAUUUUUUGCGGAGGGCUGAAGAAUGGAUUUUUCUGGUAAAAUUUUGAAGUAUUUCGUGAGAAAUUUCAGAAUUUCGAAGACUUUUGAUUCUAGGAGCAUGAAAAAUCAAAUUUUUCAUGAAGUUUUACACCGGAAAUCAAUGAAAAUUCAAGAAUUGUUGAAUUUAUUGAGUUCCAACCGACAUUCAAAUUUUUAUCACAAAAAAUUUGACCAAAAAAACAAUGAUUUUCUAUAAUUCUUGCCGCAGAAAUAUGCAAAGUUUCCAAUUUUUAUUGAAAAAAAACCCGGUUUUAAAAAUCCCAGAUACAAAAUCACUUCAAAUAGACAAUUUUUGAAAAAGAGUCAUUUUUCAUAUAUUUAUUCAAAUAAAUCAAUCUCAUUUACUUUUUCAGUGUGCAUGAUGAAAGUGACGAAGAGAGAGGGGCGACUUUUGUUGCCGACGAAACAUCGGAAGAAAAAGAAGAAGAGCAAAUACGACCAUGCUCACUUCCACCACAACAACCACCACGGCAAUCGGUAUGGGUUUUUUUGGGGAGGGGUGGGGGAGGGAUUUUAGAAUUUUUGCGGAGGGCUGGAGAAUGGAUUUUUCUGGUAAAAUUUUGAAGUAUUUCGUGAGAAAUUUCAGAAUUUCGAAGACUUUUGAUUCUAGGAGCAUGAAAAAUCAAAUUUUUCAUGAAGUUUUACACCGGAAAUCAAUGAAAAUUCAAGAAUUGUUGAAUUUAUUGAGUUCCAACCGACAUUCAAAUUUUUAUCACAAAAAAUUUGACCAAAAAAACAAUGAUUUUCUAUAAUUCUUGCCGCAGAAAUAUGCAAAGUUUCCAAUUUUUAUUGAAAAAAAAACCCGGUUUUAAAAAUCCCAGAUACAAAAUCACUUCAAAUAGACAAUUUUUGAAAAAGAGUCAUUUUUCAUAUAUUUAUUCAAAUAAAUCAAUCUCAUUUACUUUUUCAGUGUGCAUGAUGAAAGUGACGAAGAGAGAGGGGCGACUUUUGUUGCCGACGAAACAUCGGAAGAAAAAGAAGAAGAGCAAAUACGACCAUGCUCACUUCCACCACAACAACCACCACGGCAAUCGGUAUGGGUUUUUUUGGGGAGGGGUGGGGGAGGGAUUUUAGAAUUUUUGCGGAGGGCUGGAGAAUGGAUUUUUCUGGUAAAAUUUUGAAGUAUUUCGUGAGAAAUUUCAGAAUUUCGAAGACUUUUGAUUCUAGGAGCAUGAAAAAUCAAAUUUUUCAUGAAGUUUUACACCGGAAAUCAAUGAAAAUUCAAGAAUUGUUGAAUUUAUUGAGUUCCAACCGACAUUCAAAUUUUUAUCACAAAAAAUUUGACCAAAAAAACAAUGAUUUUCUAUAAUUCUUGCCGCAGAAAUAUGCAAAGUUUCCAAUUUUUAUUGAAAAAAACCCGGUUUUAAAAAUCCCAGAUACAAAAUCACUUCAAAUAGACAAUUUUUGAAAAAGAGUCAUUUUUCAUAUAUUUAUUCAAAUAAAUCAAUCUCAUUUACUUUUUCAGUGUGCAUGAUGAAAGUGACGAAGAGAGAGGGGCAACUUUUGUUGCCGACGAAACAUCGGAAGAAGAAAAAGAAGAACCAGCACUUCAACAACCACCACCACAAUCGGUAUGGGUUUUUUUGGGGAGGGAAGGUUUGGAAGGUUUAUCUCAAACUGAGCAAUUUGUGAAAGCUGCACAAAAACCACAGCCAAUUGCAAAAUUCGGUCAAGAACUUUUUCUUGAUUUUUAUUUUGUGAAACUCUUCAAACCUCUCGAGGGAACUUUGAUCAAACAACUUCGAUCGAAUGGAGAUUUCAAUAGAACAACAAAUAAUGAUAGCAUUAUACAAUCAUUUAAGGAAUUGAUUAAACGGCAAGAUGAGGAGAUUGCGAUUUUGAAGGCGGAUGCGAAGAGGGUGAAUUUGGAGAUGGAGAAAUUGAAAAACAAUAAUAAUGAAAAUGAGGAGAACUAUGAGAAAGAGGUUGAGGAUUUGCGAGAGAAAUUGGAGAAAACAUGUGGAAUUCAUGUGCAACUGGGACAAUUGCCGAAUGGAGCGGAGGUUGGAAUUGCGCAAUUGCAGCAGCAAAUUGGCGAACUUGAGCAACAAUUGGGAUAUCAGGCUUUUGAACAACAAUCACAAACGGUGAGAUUUUUUGCGGGAAAAAUUGUAAUUUUUGAACAAAAAUGCAAAAAAUUGACCGGAAUUUGCUGAAUCCGAGUUUUUUGGUCAAUUUUUGACUUGAAAAAUGCACCAAUUUGUUUUUUUGGUCAAACAUAGACCAGAAUUUGCUCAAUUCGAGUUUUUUAGCCAAAUUUUGAACAAAAUUGAGUUCACAAAUUCUGGUGCCAAGCACAAAAUUUUUACAGUUUCAAAUUAGGGCGGGAAAAAUCUUGGAUUAAAAUUUGAAACUGAUUUUAAGGUCAUUCUGAAAAUGAUCUGAAACAUGAAAAAAAUUAAGGGAAAUCUAAAUCGUUCGACCAAAAAUAUGAAAAUAGAUUUAAUAAUUUGUUGGCACGUUUACGUGAAAAAUCCAACAAAAAUGAACCAUUUCAAAUUUUAUCAAUUCGAAAAAUGGUUGGUUUCGAGUGAUGUGAGUUUAAAUUUACCUGAAAAUCUUUUUUUGGUGGACUAUGACGUGGAAAGUGGAUUUUUUUUUCAAAAUUUUCAAAUUACGGCGGGAAAAAUCUUGGAUUAAAAUUUGAAACUCAUUUUAAGGUUAUUCUGAAAAUGAUCUGAAACAUGAAAAAAUUAAAGGAAAUCUAAAUAGUUCGACCAAAAAUAUGAAAAUUUGGCUGAAAAGCACUAAAAAUCGUAAAAGUUAUCUUAAAGAAAUUGUGUUCUUCUGAUAAAAAUGUGUCAAUCCUGUUUUUUUUGCAGAACCGAAUCAAACAUCUGGAGGAAAAAUUAAUGGAGGCCCACCGAACUAUUGAUAUUCUGCAAAAUUGCUUGAACGAAAAAACGGCGGAAGCGAUUGAAAACAAGGAUAUCGCUUAUGGAUUCAAAUUUGAGUAUGAUUAUAUGGUGGAACAGAAUCGAAUAAAAGAAGAAAUAAUCGAGCAAAUGGAAAGACAAAAGGAAAGGUUCGUUUUUCUGGGAAUUUUGGAGGGAGAGUAGAUGGUAAAUAACACAUUUUUUGUUGUCGAAAAUUUCGGAAUUCUGAACACUGUAUCUUCAGAAUUGGAUAGAAAAUUUUUAUUUGGAAUCUGUAAUCUAGAUGAAAACUUCUUUCGAUUAAAAAUCCCAAAUACAAAAUCACUUCAAAUAGACAAUUUUUGAAAAAAAGUCAUUUUUCAUAUAUUUAUUCAAAUAAAUCAAUCUCAUUUACUUUUUCAGUGUGCAUGAUGGAAGUGACGAAGAAAGAGGGGCAACUUUUGUUGCCGAAGAAACAUCGGAAGAAAAAGAAGAAGAACCAGCACUUCAACAACCACCACCACCACCACAAUCGGUAUGGGUUUUUUUGGGGAGGGGUGGGGGAGGGAUUUUAGAAUUUUUUGCGGAGGGCUGAAGAAUGGAUUUUUCUGGUGAAAUUUUAAAGUAUUUCGUGAGAAAUUUCAGAAUUUCGAAGACUUUUGAUUCUAGGAGCAUGAAAAAUCAAAUUUUUCAUGAAGUUUUACACCGGAAAUCAAUGAAAAUUCAAGAAUUGUUAAAUUUUGAAUUUAUUGAGUUCCAACCGACAUUCAAAUAUUUAUCACAAAAAAUUUGACCAAAAAAAUAUGAGUUUCUAUAAUUCUUGCCUUAGAAAUAUGCAAAGUUUCUAAUUUUUAUUUUAAAAAAAACCCGGUUUGAUAUCGGAAUUCAUCGAAUUGCUCAUAUUAAAAAAUUUAUUUAGAAAUUUAAACCUGACUUUUCCUCUGAAAAAAAAGUAUACUAAAUUUAAUUUUGAAAAAUUAUUCUAAAGAAUUCUAGAGUUUUGAGCUGACUAUUCAAAAACGGUAAAUUUUUCUUAAUUUGAAACGAAUUCAAUUUUAGACUUGAAAUUAUUUUCAAAAAAAAAAUUUUCCACCUUCUCCAAAAUCGUAUUCUUUCCAGAAAUCAAUCGAACAGUCAUUAUUGACAAAAACACAUUUAUCGCCAAUCGAGACCAAUUUGAUUGAUCUUAUGAAUGGUGAUUAUGAAUUUGUGUCUGUAGCCGACAGAGUGAGUGAAUUUUGUAGUGUCUCAAAUGAAAAAACGAGAAAAUGCAAAAUGUGAAUGAAUCUGGAAACAACAAUCACUUUUUUCCAGUUUCGUCUGUGUGAAUAUGUCGCAACUUCUGCUCAAAUAUCAACAUCAACAAUACAAUUUCGCAAGCAAAAUGUGAGACGAAAAUUGGGAAAAAUUUGAUCACAGUAAGAUUUAUCCAUCUUUUGAUUUGCGAAGAAAAAACUCUGUAUGUAUUUUUUCUAUUCACCAAAAUCACAAAUUGUCGCAUGCAUUUUUGUGAAUAGAAAAAUUUGAAAAAAACUUAUUUCUUCUGUUUUUUUUUCGCAAAUGCAUUAGAAACUAACCCUUUAGAGAAAAUUCAUUCUUAUUUUUCAGAAGCUCAAUUACUAUUUCUUAUACAAUUCUAUCGACAAUGAAAUUCGAAUUGAGUUGGAAAGAUUGGAUUAUUCAAAAAUUGCGCUUCAAUCGGCAUGUUUCGCUGCAAAAAGAAGAAAUCGCGGCGAAACUCUUGCGAUUCUCCGGAAACCUAUAAAUGAGAAUAUCAUGAUUGAUGUAAGUUUAAUUAUCUUUUCAGCUACAAAUUUAAUAUAAACAUUUAUUUCAGCUGCUCAAAAGAGUCAAAGAAGAUGAAGAAAUUAAGAAAAAUUAA